CAAGAUGAAUGUAAUGAAGAUUUGCAUUAAAGCAUAGAUAUUGUAUUUUUACUGUUAAAGCCUGGAUGAUUUAUUGUCUGUGUCUUUAACAGCUUUGAAGGAGGUGUUGCGCAGAGAGGGGUCAGAGAUUUGUGCAGAUCCUCUUUAGUGUAGGGGAGUGUUGGUAAUUAAUUCCCCUGUCAUGUGACAGUCCAGGUUUGGGGCAGAUCCAGGAGGUGCUGUCACGACGGGCAGACAGGAUCUUAAUUGUUAGUACUUUCAGUAGCACCAUGAGUGGCGCAGUUAAAAACUGCAGAAGUGUCCUGGUAACCGGAGCUAACCGAGGCCUCGGUUUACAAAUAGUCGAAAGCUUCGUGACUGGCAGCUUUUCUCCAGGAAGGAUAAUCGCUACAGCGAGGAAUCCGGACGGAGCCAAGGAAUUACAGAACCUGGCAGUGAAACAUCCGAAGAUACACAUUAUACAGCUUGAUGUUGUCAGUCAAGAGAGCAUAGAGAAGGCUACUGUGGAAGUGGAUCAGAUUGUGCAGGAGGAUGGCCUCAACUGCCUCAUCAACAAUGCAGGAAUCAAUGUUGUUGCCAAUUUUGAAACUGUAACUGCUGAGAAGAUGUUGGAGAACUUCCAUACUAAUUCUGUAGCCCCCCUCAUGAUCACCAAGGCUUUGCUUCCGAUGUUAAAGCGGGCUGCCGCCAAAGAGACAGGCAUGGGCAUACACAGAGCAGCGGUCAUCAACAUGACCUCUCUCCUGGGAUCAGUGGAGCUCAACUGGGGUGAACAUGCCAAUAACUUCAAAUGGUACCCAUACAGAACAUCAAAGAGUGCACUGAACAUGGUCACAAGAUGUAUGGCAGUUGACCUGGAGGCGGAUGGAAUCCUCUGUAUGGCGAUUCAUCCUGGCUGGGUACGCACGGAUAUGGGGGGACAGGAGGCACCACUGAGUACGGAAGAGAGCAUCACCUCUGUCUUGAAUGUGAUUGGUGGUUUAUCUGAGAAGGAUCAUGGCUCAUUUCUGCAUUACACUGGUGAACCGCUGCCCUGGUGAUGCUGCAAAGGACUGCUAAUAUACAGUAAUAUCCUGUUCAACGUUGCUUGUUAUUGAUUAGAUGAGUAUUCAUACACUUAAGUUCUGGUUAAUUUCUGAGAAUAUCAGUUUUGUGGAAACACAAUGACCAAUCCAAACUGUGAGUUCAUUGCACUUCAGUCUUUUGCACAGUUUUAGGGCUGUAUGAUAUGCACAGUGAACAUAUGGGAAAAGUGCUGAGGUGAGAUGUUUAGAAGGUAGUUGUCAUUUUGACAAAUAUGUCUAGAUUCCAACUGAAAACAAUAUAAAUGUGUUGUUACCUGAGGCACAUGAAACUGAGGCUGUGGAUGUAACUGUUUUUAUUAGUUGGGGUUAUUAAUCAUAUAGUUUUUAGUGGUUUGGAAAAAGUGCAGUGUUCUAGAGAGAGCUUUUCUUAUUAAAUACUGUCUAAUGUGA